UCAUUACAGGAGUCUUUCCAUUCAACCGGCUGUGGCUGCAUACAACAACAGAGCACAGGCACAGAUACAUCUCCAGAGCUGGCACAAUGCCAUGAGAGACUGUGAGAGGGUACUGGAGCUGGAACCUGGCAAUAUGAAAGCCUUGCUACGCCGUGGCACAGUUAAUAAUCAAAUGGGCAACUUCCAAAUGGCUGUUGAAGACCUGAGGGUGGUGCUAAGGAAAGAGCCACAGAAUGCUGCAGCCACGAAACUUCUAUUGGAAAUUGAGAAGAAGAUGAAGGAACGUCAACCCGAGCAGCAAAGCAGAGGCAAAAAAAUCCUCAUCCAAGAAGUAGAAGAGGAAGAUGACAACGAUAAAACCAGAGCCAAAGAGACUGCCCGUCCGGUUGAACCCAGCCAGCCUGUGGGAGGGGAGGAGAGCUCAGCUGCUCCUGUCGAGAGGGGAGACAUGGGUAACACUCAAAAGAAGCCCCACAGCAGAGGGGACGGGGGUCCUCACAGUGAGCCCAACAACUCCCACCACGGACACCGGAGAGGCAAAGGAGCGAGCGCAGACAAGUACAGAGUCACGCAGGAGUCCAAGGAGAAGGUGGCCAAUGGAUCCGGCAAGAGGGGCUCCACGGCUUCAGCCCCAGCUGAUCCCAGCAGCAGGAAAGAACCCCCGGUCGGAGGAAACGCAGGGGAAACCGUCAACCUUGAUGCUCCAUGUGGAGCCCUGCCCCCGCAUCUGUCCCGGCUAAAGAAUGAAGGAAACCUGCUGUUUAAAAAUGGACAGUUUGCCGACGCACUGGAGAAAUACUCACAAGCCAUCCAAGGCUUUACAGAUUCAGGUAAGGUGGAGCAGUCCUCAUCAUGGUGGAUGCUGUUGUUCUUACCAUAGAUACAAUAAUAUAAUAGUCUGUGGUGGUUGGUAGAUCAGUCACAUUGUGUGG